CUCUACCACUUAAACACAACAUGAAAUUCGGUUCUCGUUUAAAAGAAGCCAUUUUGCCAGAUUGGAAACCAUUUUAUCUGGAUUAUGACCUUCUCAAGAAAAAACUCGGUAAAGCGCAACAAGAUACUUUUACUGACCGUGAUGAAACUGAGUUUGUAGAAAUGCUCGAUGCUAAUCUCGAGAAAGUCUAUGCAUUUCAUACUUCCACACUCAACACCAUACGUCAAGAAAUUAACAAGGCCUCUGUGCAACACGGUAUCAAGAAGGAAAAGAUCAACAAGUUAGCCAAUGAUAUUAGCCGUCUCGAGAAAUUCUCUCGUUUUAAUUACACAGGCUUUCUUAAAAUCGUGAAAAAGCAUGACCGUUACACCGAUUACAUUCUUCGUCCCAUGUUUAUGGUUCGUCUCAACCAAUGUCCCUUUUGGAAGGAAAAUGAAGACCUAGAUGCUCUUCUUAUUCAACUCUCACAACUCUUUAGCAAGAUUCGUGACAGUGAUCCUGUAAAGGCCUCCACAAGUUUACAACAACCCAUCCUUACUGGAAAGGAGGAAAGACGUACGGUGAUCAAACGAUUCUUUGUGCAUACAGAUGAUAUAUUUGAACUCAAGACAAAUAUAUUGCGUCAUUUACCCGUACUCGUUUAUCAUAAUCAGGAUGGUACAAAGAUCACAGAACAAGAUAUUGAUCCACCCAUCUCUACAUUGUAUCUCGAUAAUAUCGACAUGGACACCUACACCUCACGUGUUGAAUCCACACCAGGCUCUCAAAUCAUUCGUUUAAGAUGGUACGGUUCAGCUCAUAAUAAUAAGUCCAUCUCCUUUGAGAGAAGAACACUUAAGGGUGAAAAUCAAAUUGACACCAAAGAGAAAUUUAUCAUCAAGGACAAGUAUGUGUUGGGAUUUUUACAGGGUAAAGAUACUUUUCUCAAGAAAAGUCUACAAAAGAUGAAGGCCAGUGCUAAAUCUCAGAAAGACAUGGAGGAUUAUUCUACUCUUGUUCAAAGUAUUCAGCAACAAAUAUUGGACAAGCACAUGGAGCCAGUGCUGCGAACCUAUUACAAGCGUACUGCGUUCCAAAUCCCUGGUGACUCGGGUGUUCGUAUGGCACUUGAUACGGAUUUAUGUUUUAUUCGUGAAGAUGGUGAAGACACUCGACCUGCAGGAUGUUGGCGACGUCCAGAUGCAGAUAUUGAUUUCCCUUUUUCUCAUUUACCAGCCUCUCAUGUGAACCGUUACCCUUAUGCUACCUUUGAAGUGAAACUGGAUCUUGCAGCAAAGGAAGAUGAACCUCGAUGGGUUGUGGAUUUACAAGAAAGUGGAUUAUUGGAAGAAGCCUAUCAGUUUUCUAAAUUUGUGCAUGGAAUGGCCAUCAUGUUUGAUACGCGUGUGCCUCUUUUACCUUAUUGGCUAGCACAAAUUGAUGAAGAUCGUAAAGUGUUACCUGUACUACCCUCACAAAUUCCUUCCGUCAUGAGUGCAAGAAAGGGAAAAGAACGUGCCAUGACAACAGAGAGAAGUGCGCUUCUGACUGAAGGUAAACCCUCCUAUGCUAGCAUUGUGAAAGGAGGUGAUGAGUCUAUCCAUCAAGAAAGUGGACCCUCCACUGCCAGCUUCAUAAGGGAGGAAGAGCCAUCAUUAUCUUUGGACCAUGACGAUGAUGAUGAUGAUGAUGAUCCUGGAUCUUUUGUUUUACCACCGGGUGUCAAGAUACCCAAGAAAAUAACGACCUCGAUUAAAGUAGAACCCAAAGUAUUUUUUGCCAAUGAACGGACGUAUUUCUCUUGGAUGCGAUUUGGUACGAUGUUGACUACUUUUUCACUGGCGUUGUUUAAUGCGGGGGAUGCGGUGGGUAAGAUCUCGGGUAUUUUGUAUACGUUGAUUGCUAUUUCAACGUUGAUCUAUGGUGUAGGAUUGUAUUAUCGUCGACGAGAGUUAAUUCGAGCUAGGAAAUCAGGACCGUAUGAUGAAAUGUGGGGACCCACUGUGAUUUGUAUGGCAUUGAUGGUGGCGGUAGGAUUAAAUGCUUAUUUGAAAUUUAGUAUCAGUACACCUUCUUUACUUUAUUUCUAUUAA